AUGGUAACCGCCCAGCCUAGGUCGGCGGCAAUCCCUUAUUUACUGAUUCGCUUUUUUCCGUCCAUCAGAUUCGACACCUCUGUGGGAAAGCUGACGUUUUCCGACCAGUUCCUGUCCGUGUCCACCCGGCUGGCCAGCCCUAACCUGUACGGACUGGGGGAGCACGUCCACAGGCGCUACAGGCACGACCUCAACUGGAAAACUUGGCCGUUCUUCACAAGGGACUCGUCGCCUGCAGCAGGGAAUUCGGAUAAUCUGUACGGGCAGCACCCGUUCUACAUGUGUGUGGAAGAAGACGGCAACGCGAAUGGCGUCUUCUUGCUCAACAGCAACGCUAUGGAUGUGACCCUCCAACCCGGUGGCCCAGACUCCGCCCCCAUCGUGACGUACCGCGUGAUUGGCGGGGUGUUGGACUUCUACAUGUUCCUCGGACCCUCCCCGGAAAACGUCGUGCAGCAGUACACAGAGGUUAUCGGCCGUCCCGUGAUGCCUGCGUACUGGGGUCUGGGGUUCCAGCUCAGCAAGUGGUUCUACAACAACUCACGUGUCCUCCGUGACGUCAUUCAGCGCACGCGCGCAACAGGGAUCCCAUACGAUGUUCAGUACAGCGACAUAGACUACAUGGAGGACCGGAAGGACUUCACGUAUGACGGAAACAGUUAUGGCGACCUGCCUGACAUUAUCCAAGAUCUACACGACAACGGGCAGAAAUACAUCAUCAUUCUGGACCCGGCGGUCAGUAACAAGAAUCGGCGGGACGGGUCGCCCUACCUCCCGUACGAGACCGGCAGAACGGCCGGUGUGUUUGUCAACGCCUCUGACGGGAAAACCCCGAUCGUUGGACAGGUCUGGCCUACAGACUCCGUAUUUCCUGACUUCACCAACCCGUACUGUGCGCAGUGGUGGGCAGACAACUGUCAGGACCUCCACAGGAGCAUCUCCUUUGACGGGCUGUGGCUUGACAUGAACGAGCCGUCUAACUUUCUGAAUGGCUCCCUGUCCGGCUGCGAUGGCAACAAGUGGAAUAACCCGCCGUAUCUGCCGGCCAUAAAGGGAGGUCUGUUGUACGAGGGUACUCUGUGUAUGGACGCCAAACAGAUCUGGGGAAGCCAUUAUGAUGUCCACAGUCUGUAUGGACACAGCAUGGCCAUAGCUACUCGCAGCGCCCUGAGAAGUAUCCUGCCGUCCAAGCGGGGAGUGGUGGUGACCCGGUCCAGUUUCUCGGGCACGGGGCAGUUCGCCUCCCACUGGCUGGGCGACAACAAGGCGGCAUGGGAGGACAUGGCGUGGUCUAUCCCAGGGAUCCUUGAAUUUGGGCUGUUCGGCAUUCCCCAUAUCGGAGCAGACAUUUGCGGGUUCGCAGGAAACACGACGGAAGAGCUGUGUCAGAGGUGGAUGCAGCUCGGAGCCUUCUACCCGUUCUCUCGGAACCACAACACCAUGAACGGAAACCCACAAGACCCGGGUUCGUUCGGCAAGGCUAUGAUCGACUCGUCCCGUGACGUCAUGAUGACGCGCUACACCCUGCUGCCCUACCUGUACACGCUGUUCUACCACGCCCACGUUGCCGGGACAACGGUUGCUAGGCCACUCCUACACGAGUUCCCCUCUGACCGGAAGACGUGGGAUGUUGACAGACAGUUCCUGUGGGGGCGGGGUCUCCUCAUCUCUCCCGUACUCACACAGGGAGACACGACUGUGAAUGCGUACUUCCCAAACGAUACCUGGUACGAUUACUUCACGGGAGCUGAGGUCGAAGGUCCGUACGGGGGUCAGACGGUGACCCUGGAUGCUCCACUUAACAAAAUCAACGUCCACGUCAGAGGUGGGACAAUUCUGCCGACUCAGCAGCCUGCUAAUACUACUGUGUACAGCCGCCUAAACCCCAUGGGCCUUGUGGUGGCGCUGAGCGACUCUGACUCUGCCAAAGCCAGCGGGGAUCUGUUCUGGGAUGACGGAGAAGCUUAUGGUUAUGAUGAGACAUCCAAACUAGAAAAGCCGACAUUUGCUUGA